AUGAGUGUCCAUAACAUUGACAUUGACAUGCAACAUCCCGAGUUUCAGCCAGAAGACGUACAAACAUCUCAUGACGCAGAUUUAUUUGGUGACGAUGAAGACGACGAUAAGGGUGCUGGUGACUUCGUGGAUGCUCUCAGUCAGCCUCCCACCAGUGUGCCACGACUCAACAAGAGGGCCAGAGAUGAAGUGAUACUUCGCCAGACUGUGUAUGAACAACAAGAACGUAUUAACAAUAUUAUACAGGAAACUGAAGUGAUAUGCCAAGAAGCUCAAGACCACAUUGAGGAGCUGCAAUGUAUUGCAGAAGAAGAGCAUGAGCGCCACAUGCGCGAUUUCAACGAGCAAUGGGAAGCAGCUCUGAGAGAGCGAGAGCGGGAAAAGCAAGAAAUUCACACAUGGCAAGAGCAGCAGCAAGCACUGCUGAGGAAGAACAUUGCUGAAGAACUAGCACGGCACGAAGCAAAAAUAAGUGCAAGAAAAGACCAAGAGAAAAAAUCAAGAGGUGGGGAAGAACGACCAAACACGGGAAUCGCUAAUGAUGUCAAGCAGUUAGAAGAACGCGAGAGAGCCAUUUUUGCCGAAAUGGAGCGAAGGCUACAACUAGAAAUAGAAAAAAUGAAGGUAGAAAAAGAGAACAAGCUCGCUAACAUGGAGCAGCGCUUCGCAAGACACGGUAGGCAACAGCAUGCGGCCACAGAAAUUGGCACAGACCCCACCCGAAGGAACGCUCAACAGCCACCCCAAACGCCCCAGAAACCACAGUUCAAGACUCCGUGCCUCGAGACAAUCAAAAAGAUCAGGAAGGCAUGUGGAACAACACGCAAGAUGCGCCUGGUAUCUGUAGUAGAGGGUGAAAUCCAGCGUCUCCUCAAAGAUACCUUCAGUAUAUCUCAAGAUGCAGAUUUUAUUGUGCACCAACCAGCGGAUCGUGAAGAUGUGUACUCAUACAAGUACGAAGAUGGCCCAGGCCCCAACACCCAGAAUCUGGCCUUUGAUCUCAAACACGGAUUUAACACCCCCUGGAAUGCGAAAAUUCUCGAUAUUCUCCUUGAAGAAUUGAAGAAGAGGAGUGUAGAAGAGGAGUGGCCGUUCCGGAGGUCGGAUGGCUAUUAUAAGGCAAUACUCAAAGAUCGCUACAAGCAGCUGCAGAUGGUCUGGAGAGCAGCACAACCAAAGGUGACAGCAAAGGGCAGCUUGGAGACUGCGGCAGAAGUGGAGGAGAGGUUAAUUGCAAAAAGAGGUGAAAAUCUGAAGUUGGUUUCAUCAAACAACUUGUUGGCGAAAUCAAAAGUUCUGGAGCAAGUUAUUGAGCUGAAGAAAGAUGGCUGA